AUGUCUACCUUCAAUAGAGGCGCGGGAGCGCCAUCCAACACCAACUGGGCAGCCACUACCAGUCCAGCGAACGAGACCGAAGAGCAAGACAGUAUUUACGAUGCGGAUGAAGAGAAAGAUGUUCUUGGAGGAACACCGGUCAAAGUCAAAACACCUGAGCAAGUUCCUGCCCAGGUGGACCAGUAUGGUGACCCUCCAGAGUCGCCCGAAGAGUACCGGAUGGAGUUCGUCAAGGAGAAUGGAAUCACUGGUUUCAUGCUCAAGGUCGCAAGCCGGCUGAGGACCCUCAAAGACCCCCACGAGCGAGUAUGUGUGCGGCACCGUUUCUGGAACCUGAUCCGAGACCUCAAGGUCGACAACUCCGCGCGACCACCGUACAGCCAGAAAGCGGCUGAUAAUAUCCGUCAUCUCCUGGAGGAACGGGGGCUCGCCGAGACGCUGCUGCUCGACUUCGAGCUGCUGCUCAACGUCUUCGAGGAGCGGGCUCAGAAACGCAGGGAGGAGCUUGAGAAGACGAGGCAGGAACACGAAGAGGAGCAGAGGAAGAAGCAGGAGUGGGACGUCGUCAAGGAGGAGGACGCCGAGGACGAGUGGGAGAUGAUCUAG